AGUUUUACGAAAAUCGAAAGUAGAUAUUUUAUUUCGGAUUCCUACAUUCGUAGGCUGCAACUGUAUAGGCAGCGGUUCAGCGGACCGAGUUGUACAGUUGAUACUGUUACUAAAUUUUCACUUUCACACACAGUCUGCAUAUUACAAAGUUUACAUUUAUUUAGUACGCCCACGUAUUAAUUGAAUUUGGAAGACUCAGCUCAGACUUAUGACUUAGGCCUUGGCCUUAGACGCCUUAGACUUACACUACAGAAGCUAGCCUACUCUAUUCUAUACUAUACUACUAACUACUAGUAGUGCUAGUUAUUUUUGAAGUUAGAUGACACUUUUACUUUUUACAAGUGAAUUUUUGGUGUUCAGCUACUGCAAUUGUUGAGUUUAGGAACAGAAAAGAUAUUGCUUGGCAGGCAAUUGGCAAACAGCAUCCGCUCUGGGUCUGAAAACUGAUCUAAAUUAAAUUAAUUACAAUUUAAAUAACAUUUUUCAGUUUCGAUUCAUAAAUAAUUUAAAUAUAUAUUAUGUUUAUAUUGAAAUAUAUUUAUAUUGAAUAUUGUGUAUGCAAAAUAAGAUGUUCAUGGAAAAUAGGCUUUUAAUAUUUAUAUGUGAAUGUGUCCUUGUCAAAAAAAUGUAAAGUUAAAUUUGAAUUUUAUAAAUUUAAAAAUAAAUAACCAAAGUUUAAUUGAAUUAUAAUUAAUUAUUCAAGGGGCAAAUUAAUGUAAUGUAGGUCAUUGGUGAAUUUAUUUGGCAAACAGGAGUCAGUGAAUCAGUGAAUGUAACACUGAACUUUAUUUACUAAAAACAUUUUAAAUACUUUUAUUUUCAGUUUUUGAGAUGGAGCUCGCAAUAAAAAAUAGUGACUUAUUCUUGUGUAAUGAGAGCAUCAGCCUUGCUCACUGUGUGAGUGAAGAUUUGACCAUGGGAAAAGGCAUUGCUGUUGAAUUUAAGAAGCGCUUUGGAAAAGUCGAGGAACUUAAACAACAAAGUAAUGACUCAAGAUAAUGUUUAAGUUUCAUUUCACUAUUUUCACCCACUAGGACUGAGAUGUCAGUAUUUGUCAUAGACUCUUUGAGUUCAUUGUCAACAUUUUAAAUAGGAACAGUAACAUACAAGUUGAUCCACAUUGUUGAUACAUUUUUAAAACAAAACAAAAAAAACAACACCAUUUAUCAAUCUUUAUUCAUUUAUCAAGAUGCAAAAUCAUACUUUAAAUAAAUAAGUACAAAGGUACUAAUAAGCUUUUGAGUCUAGGAGUCAAAUAUAGUAACUUUCCUUCUUUCUUACAAGGGGAUCUUAUGUAAGCUUAAAACACAUCAUGCAAUAUUGAUUGUAAAAUAUUAUUUAUUUGUAUUUUAAAAUUAUAUAAGCCUAUUAAAAUUUGUUGCUAUUAAAUUUUAUUCUAAACUUCACUUUUGGUUUGUAAUUGUAAUCAUCAUUUUAUGAUUUUUAUUGAAUUGGAAAUAGAAUUGACCCAUGCCAUGACCAGAUUUUUUUGACAAACUUGUGAACCAAUCAUAUUUUUUCGCAGACACUUUCUUUAAAAUUUGAACUUGAUUAAGGACGUUUCCAGAGAUGGCCUCUGUAAAUUUCCUGAAAAUUGCACUUCAUUUUUACACCAACAUUUUUACUACCUGUCUUAGGAUUUAACAAAAAUUGAGUUGCAUUUAGUCAUUUAGUAUCUUAUUUUAAUUUGACAUAAUGCUUCCUAUUUUAAAUUAGUUUUCAUUUUAAAUAUGUUUUUAUAAGAAAAAGAGACACAGUUCUUAAAAUCUAUUGCAGAAGCAAUGGUGGGACAGGUGGCUAAAUUGAAAGUUGGUGAUCGUCAUGUUUACUACCUAGUCACAAAGGAGAAGCACAACGAUAAACCAAAUAUAACAACACUGAAAUUCUGUCUUCGUGAGAUGAGAGAUCACUGUGUUGCUCAUGGGAUCAAUGAGCUAGCUAUGCCGAAAAUUGGAUGCGGCCUUGACGGGCUGGCAUGGGAGGACGUACAAAAAUUAAUUAUUACUGUUUUUAAAGAAACAAAUAUUAAAGUUACUAUAUAUGAUAUAUAAGUUUUUUUUACCUUACAACACUUUUUUACAGGGUACUCAAAUUUCAUUUGUAACAUUAAAAAAAACAAUGUAACCCUGGAGAAGACAUUUUCUUUCAAUUAAAAACAUUUUUUAAAUUUUAUACUAGAGCUAAACCACCCAUUUCUUUAGCUCCCUUGUUACUAUUGUUUGAGGUUAGCAGCUUGGUAUACAGUAAAAUACUUAUGAUUUUCAAUUAAAUAAUUCAGUUUGGUUAGAAAGAAUAGCAAUCUCCUAGAAUGUUUUGCAACUAAAUUUUUAAAAAUUUUUUAAAGAGAUUUCACUAAAAGACAGUUUUGUGAGCUAUUCACAAAGUGAUCAAGUUAAUGCAGACCGCAGAAUCAAACCUACAUUUAAGCUAAGUAACAUGAUACUUACACAUGCACCUGUAGAGUAUUUGUUGUAUGUACCAGUAAGUAUAAAAAAAAAUAAAGAUACAUUAUGUCAUAAAAAUUGCUGAGCCAUGUCAUUCAAAUUCUCAUAAUGAUAUUGUUUUAAACAUCACACUUAACAGUUCUCUACUGUGUAUUAGGACACUUGUAUAUUUCAUUUUGAGUUUCAUUUAUUGAUAUGCAAUAUUUGUUAUUUUUAUUUCACUGUGAUAUAUUGUAAAUUGCACAAAAUAUUUUGCCAUUUCCUAUUAAUGAUGCAGCACAAUUCAAAUUGUUCAAAAAAUAACUGUUGCAUGGUAUAGUAAUUAAAUUUUAUCACACACAUAUUUUUGUUUGCUGUUUCAUGUAGGUAUUUUCCAUGGUGAAUUUCAUAGUUUCAUAAAACAGGUGUCCUCAUUUAAAGACAACAAUAAAGGAUGACUUUCUUAUGAGAGAAGAAUAAUUAUUUCAGCUCUGCUGAAUCUGUGUAUAUUAGUAAUAAUUUUUGAAAAGAUUCACUCAGGCUUGUAGAAAUAAAUAGGAUCAGAGUCACGUGUAGCCAGAAAUCUGGGUCGUUAACAUUUUUAUAUUGAUGAGUUUCACUUUUUAAAAGCAUUCCAGAGGAAAAGUUUUUAAAUUUCUUUAACUUUCCCCUUACUAUCGUGUCUCCACCACAUAUACUUCCUGUAAAUUUCACAUCCCACCUUUCUGAUUCAUUUCAUUAAGCAGUACUCUGGGGGGAGGGGGGGGGAGGCCGAGCCAAGCAGUUGUUUACAUUUGCGUCAUGCCCGAUUUGUUCAGCUGUGCUGUACAUCAUUAAUUUAUUCAUACAACUGAAAGACACAUCAGCCUCUGUGGCCUCGCCUUGGUUCACGUUGAGGCAUUCAAGUUAGCGAGAGGAUUCCUGCUGCUGCCUGGCUGGUGUGAGAUAUAGGGUUAGAUAGGUUCUUCAUUUAUGAUAAAUUUGUUGCUGCAGUAUGUCAGUGGUACAUUUGUUUAUACAUUGAUUAUAUCAAGCAUGUCACACCAUGCAUGCAUGUUACAAAUGUUGUUAAAAUAAUUAAAAAAGAUGAGCUAGAAUGUUUUGAAUUUUUUAAAUUGUUUUUUUCAGUGAAUUAUCUGAAUUAAUAAUCACAUCAUUCCACAAUGGAAGUAGAACAUUCAAAGCAAAUAGAAACAGUUAUUCAUUAUUUACAAUGAAAACUGUAUUAAACCAAGUUUUCAAAAUAUGCAGAUGAUCAAAGGUGAACAUAAUUGUAGAUAUGGACACAAACCUUGAGAAAAGAGCAAAGCUAUCAGUAUCAGUGCAUGGUUGAAGCAUAUUGUGAGAAGACAUUCAAUCAUAAGUGGAACUAUAUAAAUGCUAAAUAAAACAACAACCAUUACUCCUUAAAAUAAUUUCUGCAGUCUCUUUUCUCUUUUUUUUUUUUUAGUAACGGCUGGUAAUU